UAUAUAUAUAUAUUCAACGUUUCAUUCGCGAACAGACAUUUUACAUAAAAAUAUAUUAAUAUAUUAAUAUAUAUAUAUGUAUGUAUAUACAGAGAAGGAAAAGGAUAUACCUAUAGAUAGAUAGAUAUAUUUAUGUUAGGCUCAAAACGCCACCCACAUACACAUGUAUACAUGUAUAUAUAUAUAGAUGGACGUGCAUAAAAAUUAGUGUACAUUUGUAAAGCACCGCGUGUAUUAAGUGCUAUCGCUCCUGUUUCUUCACACAAAAGUAUAUACAUACAUUUCAUUCUAUCUCCCUAUAUAUGCGCAUAUACAUACACACACAUAUAUAUAUAUAUAUAUAAAUAUAUUUCUGACAUUGUCUAUAUAUGUUUAUAUUAAAUAUAGUCUCAUAUAAAUUCGUAUUCACGCACACAUGUACAUAUAACUUAUAAAUAAAUAUAUACAUCUGUAUAUUUAUUAUAUCAAGCUCUCUUUAUACACAUAUAUAUAUAUAUAUAUAUAAAUAUAUAUAUAUAUAAAUUCAUAAACUCACACACACACACACUCAUAUAUAUAUAUGUAUAUAUAUAUAUAAAUAUUUAUAUACACUCGUACAUUCUCAAACUAUGGAUAAAAUGCCUCUAGUGGAUAUUUUAUGCUGUACCUUGACAAUGUCUCUGCUGGUGGGAUUAUCAACAGGACUUUCGUGCGGAAAACAGGGGGCAGACAUUGUUUUCGCUUUAGACGCGUCUUACAGUAUUUGGCCGGUCCAUUUCCAGAAACAGUUACAAUUUGUGGUGAAUGUCGUAGAACAGUUCCCCAUUGGUGCCAAACAAAGUGACUUCCAUGUUGCUAUAGUAACGUAUAGCGAGAACAUCACUGUUCACUUUAACCUGCGUGACUUCAUUCACAAGCAUCAAUUAAAGAAAGCCGUUAUGCGGAUCACCCAGUACUCCCCAGGGGGAACUUACACCCACAAGGCCCUCGAAUAUAUACGCCGACAGAUGUUCACCGUUCGCAACGGAGGACGAACCUAUUCGGAUAAAAUCGUUGUGGUAAUCACGGAUGGAUUGUCACAGGACCCAAAAGCUACACGAACUGAAGCGGCACGAGCGCAUUACGAAGGCAUUCAAAUUUUUGCCAUCGGCGUCGGAGCAGGCGUAGAUAAACAUGAACUAGAGAUGAUAGCUUCAUCACCGCCUCGGAACCACGUGUUCACAGUGGAUAACUACUCAAUUCUUAAUUCGAUUAAACGGAAGGUGGCCAGGGAAACGUGCAAAGUUCCAAUCAGACGAGAUAAACCCCGAAGUGAUAUCGAUCCAUCGAUUGUGUAUUCCAACAGGAAAUCAAAACAGAAGUGUGGAGGCAAGCCAGCGGACGUAUACUUUCUACUAGAUUCUUCCAGUAGUAUAUGGCAACCUGAUUUUAAGAAAGAACUAUCGUUUGUGGAACAUGUUAUGGAUCUUUUCAAUACAGAAAACAGUAACACGAAGAUCGCUUUGGUUACCUUCAGCGACAAGGUACAACCAGUAAUAAGUCUUGGCUCCUAUAAUAAAAGCAAAGUGAACGAGGUCCUUUCUCGGCCGGAAAUUUAUUUGACUGGUGGAGAGACAGAUACGGCUAAGGCCAUUAAAUAUGUGAGAGAGAACGGUUUCCAGGGACCACUGGCACGUAAAGGAGUGGCCCAAAUUAUGGUCGUUUUGACCGACGGCCAGUCAAGAGAUUACAACAGUACGGUUCGAGAAUCUCGUCUCACUCACCAGGCAGGUAUCUAUGUGUUCGCUAUAGGUAUCGGAAAGGAUGCUGAUUACAAAGAAUUGAAGCAAAUCGCCAGUGACCCGGAUAUAAACUUCGUCUUUCGUGUCGAUGUCUUUGAUGCAUUGGAUUCAAUAAAAGAUAUUUUGGUUUUCAAAACUUGUGAGGUUGCUGUUGAAAGACCAAUGCGUAACCCUCCAGUUACGUCCAAGUUCCCCAAGAAAAGGCUAGACGUCAUGUUUCUUGUCGAUGACUGCCAGUUUGGUCACAAAAACUUGCAUCUCAUAAAAGGAUUCAUCGCCAGCCUCACACGACAAAUGCACAUCGGAUCUUAUUGGACAAGAGUCGGUGCCUUCUCCAGCCAGUGCAGUCAACAACACAACGACAUCUACCUGACCGAAUAUCGGACGUCGCAGGACUUUAUCGCCGAUUUCACGAAACCAGACACACACAGUCUAGCUUGGCUCAUACGCCGCCUUAGACAUCACGGUUUCGAUCCUGCCAAUGGUGGUAGAGACGACGCCCCACAUAUAGGAGUAUUGUUUGUUGAUGACAAACUAAAAGAACCUGAUGCUAGUAUCCUAGAAGCUAAAAGGGCUCGUUUUAAGGGAGUGAAACUGUUUGUUGUUGCUAUUGGCAAAGGAUAUGCUUUCCAAGAGGUUCAACAGUUGGCUUACAGGAAUAUGUACAUUCGAGUUAGGGAUUAUACUUAUUUGCAAAGACAUAUCAGUGAUUUUAUGGACACAAUGCUAAAAGGUGUAUAGAAAUCGGUGCCUAUAUUUUGAAGAAAACGGGACGGAAACCUUUAAAAAUACAUUCGUUGCCCUGCAUUCCAGCCAGAUGAGGAGUGAUUCUUUUCCUGACCGGCUCUUACGAUUUGUUUAUGUUGUUGCUGUUGUUGUUAUCGUUUUUAUUGCUGCUACUACUGCUGCUGCUGCUACUGUUGUUAUUGUUGCUGCUGUUGUUGUUGUUAUUGUUGAUGGUGAUGAUGGUUAUGAAGAUUUCUUUACUCAUUUUUUCUCGCAAUUCUGUAAAACAUCUGAAUAGUUUUUUUUUCUAUUAUUAUUCUAUUAAAAUUCAAAACCAAAAAGCUAAAUACAAUGAAAUUGAGACAGAAGAAAUCUCCUGAAAAAUAAAUUAAAUGAUAUAAAAUUGAUUAAAAAGAAAAUCAACAAAAAAACUAACACACAAUGGCAACAAUUUUUUGUAGAUGGAACAAUGUGUAACCUUAAAAAACAUUCAUGUCAAUAAAAAAAUUGAAGUGAAAAUGAUAACAAGAAAAAUCUAUUUAAAACAAAGAAUAAUAUUAAUAACACUACUAAAACACACACAAUAAACCUCAAAACCAUAACAGACAAAAAAAAAAGACAAUUCUGAAAGAAUAUAAAAAGAAAAGAUAUUUAAAUAAUAAAAAAAACUUGAUUUAUUUGUUCAAAUAUUAUAUUAUAAUUUUUGGACAAUCUUCUUUUGCAUUUUUUGCAUAUGUUUGCAUUUUCCCCGUGUUCUUGUUGACAUCGUAUAUUUGGUAUCCUAUUUCUAUCAUUAUUCCUGUAAUUAUUUCGACAUUGCGUUUUGAGUUCAAAUUCUAUCAAGGCCUGUUUUGCUUUUUAUCAUUUCGGGGUCGAUGAAACAAAUAUAAGUUGAGCCCUGGGAUCAAUGUAAUCGAAUAGCCCCACUCGUCAAAAAUUUCAGAAAGAAUUAUAGUUGUUGUUGUUUUUGUUGUUUAAACAGUGUGUUGGCCGAAUGGUUAGAGCGUUGGACAAAAAUGCUUAAUGCCACUUCUGCAUCUUAACGCUCUGAGUUCAAACAUCAGCAAAAUCGACUUCGUUUUUCAAUCUUUUGGAGUCGAUAGAAUAAAGUACCAGUCAGAUACUAGGAUCGACGUAAUUGGGUAACCCCCUCCCUCAAAAUCUGGUGAUCUUUUUUGUCAAAUUUAGAAAUAAUUAUUAUAAUUAUUAUUGGGCGGCGAGCUGGCAGAAUCGUUAGCGCGCCGGACGAAAUUCUUAGCGGUAUUUCGCUCAUCGCUGCGUUCUGAGUUCAAAUUCCUCCGAGGUCAACUUUGCCUUUCAUCUUUUCGGGGUUGAUAAAAUAAGUACCAGUUACGCACUGGGGUUGAUGUAAUCGACUUAACCCCUUCCCACAUGCUGCCCUUGUGGCAAAAAUUUGAAAUCAUUAUUAGGCGACGCGCUGGCAUUUCUUCCUGCCCUUUUGGGGUUGAUAAAUUAAGUACCAAAUGAGCAGUAGAAUCGAUAUUAUUGAUUUGCCCCUCCAGCUAAAAUUGCUGGUCUUGAGCCCAAAUUUUAAACUGCUAUACUUCUAGUCGUUGUAAUUGUUUGUACUUUGGUCUUGGAUUCUCCAUUUUUGAGAGCAAGGGUAAUUCAAUACCACCAAGCUUAGUAUCUAAGACUAGUAUUCUAUUUUAUCGACCACGGAAAGGUGAAAGGCAAAGUUGACCACAGCAGGGUUCGAAUUCAGAUCGUAAGGAACAAAAGUAAUACGGCCGGGUAUUUUGUCAGGCGCUUUAUUUGUUCUGCUAAUCUUGUCGAGAUUAACUUGGCCUUUAAUCCCAUUCAGGGUCAUUAGAAUGAAGUACCAAUCCACACGACUAAUCCUCUUCUCAAAAUUGCUGGCUUUGUGCCGAGGUCAGAAACCGCUGUCGUCGUUGUUGCUGUUAUUUUCAUACAUUAUAAUUAAUGAUUUCAAAUUCUGUCGCAAAGGCAGCAAUAUCCUUUCUACUAAAGGCACAAGUCCUGAAAUUUGUGAGGAGGGGACUUGUCGGUAAUAUCGGCCCCCAGUACUUAAUUUAUCGAUCCCGAAAGUAUGAAAGGCAAAGUCGACCUCGGUGGAACUUGAACUCAGAACGUAGCGAGGGUCGAAAUACAAGGCCAGCAAUAUCGGGGAAGAGAGUAAGUCGAUUACAUCGACUGCAGUACUCAGCUGGUAUUUAUUUUAUCGACCCCCGAAAGGGAUGAAAAGCAACGGAAUUUGAACUCGGACGAAAUGCCGCUGAAGCAUUUUGUCCUGCUCGCUAACGACUCUUCCAGUUCGCCACCUUCUUUCUACACAUUGUAAUUCUUGUUCUUAUUCUAACCAAUGUUCUCGUACUUAAAUUGUUUCAAUGACGAGGACGGGGGCGGCGGCGGCGGCGGUGGUGGUAUCGAUGGCGACGACGACGACGACGAGAACUUACAGAAAGUUAGUUUAUUUUAUUUAAGCACCGAACUGCUAUUUAAAAACAAAUUUUAAAUGUAUUUCAUUUAACUUAGCCGUACAUUUUUUGCUGCAAUAAUUAAAAUCCACUGAACAAUUAUAUAAUCCGUUAUCUGCUCCGAUUUUGUACGUUCUGAGUUCAAAUCGCACCCAGGUCAACAUUUUCUUUUUUUUUUUUUUUUUUUUUUUUUUCGUCUAUCAGGAAUUGAUAUACUAAAGUACCAGUUAAAGAUAUACGGUCGACAUAACGACUAUUCCCCCCACCUCACCCACGAAACAACAGUCAUUGUAAAUAUACCGGAAAAUGUUAUUAUUGAUAUCAUCAUCAUCAUUAUUAUUGUCAUUAUUAAGGCGAAAUCUUAGCGGUAUUUCGCCCGUCGCUACGUUCUGAGUUCAAAUUCUGCCGAGGUCGACUUUACCUUUCAUCCUUUCGGGAGCGAUAAAAUAAGUACCAGUUGAACACUGGAGUUGAUGUAAUCGACUCAUUCCCACUUCCUCCAAGCUGCCCUUGCCGCCAAAAUUUGAAAUAAUAAUAAUAAUAAUAAUAAUAAUAAUAACAAUAACAAUAACAAUAAUAAUAAUAAUUAUUAUUAUUAUUAUUAUUCAGUAGUUUUAUUUUUAUAACGUGCUUUCACUUCACUACCGAGCGCAGCUCUGUGCGCCUUGGGUAUGUGCUGUGGUUUGCUGUGGUGCUCUUAUGUUUACUGUAUUGAAAGUGUUUUGCGUAGAAUGUGUGCAGUACCCAGUAGUGCAAUUUUCUGUAUGUUAUAUAUAUUUGUAAGUCCUGGUAUUUUUGUUAUGUAUUUGUCUGAAUAUUUUUUUAUUAUACCUAAGGCACCUACUAUGAUAGGAAUUGUUUCUGUUUUUAGAUUCCACAUUCGGGUUAUCUCUAUUUCCAGGUCUUUGUAUUAUGAAAGUUUUUCCAUUUCUUUUAGAGAAACGUUGUCAUCUGCUGGUACUGAUACAUUAUUAUUAAUAUUAUUAUUAUUAUUAUUAUUAUUAUUAUUAUUAUUAUUAUUAUUAUUAAGGCGGCGGUGAGCUGGCAGAACCGGUUAGGGCGCUGGACGAAAUGCUUAGCUGUAUUUCGCCCAUCGCUACGUUCUGAGUUCAGAUUCUGCCGAGGUCGACUUUGCUUUUCAUCUUUUCGGGGUCGAUAAAUCAAGUACCAGUUGCACACUGCGGUCGAUGUAAUCGACUUACCUCCUUCCUCAAAAUUCCAGACCUUAUGCCUACAGUAGAAAGUAUUAUUAUUAUUAUUAUCAUCAUCAUUGUUGUUAUUGUGUUUAUUCUAUUCUUUUUCUUUUGUAUACAUAUAAAUAUCCAUUUAUGGACAUAUAAAUGUUUGUUUGCUCUUGUAUGCCGACUUGUCAUUAAAUAUACGUAUAUUUAAGUAAAUGUAUGAAUUCACGCGAACACACGCACACACACACACACACACACACACACACACACACACACACACACACACACACACACACACACACACACACACAUACACACGAACACACACAUACGUUCAUACAUACUUUCACAGAGAGACAGAUUUUUCUAUUUAUCGACAUAUAUAUAUACAUACAUGUGAACGGUGGUAAUAUUCAUAUAUCAUAUAUAAAUAUAUGUACGUAUAAGUAUAUCGACAUUUAUACGCACCGACACCCACACAUGUGCAGACGCACUCACACACACAUAUAUAAAUAUUGCAUGUUUGUACGUCUGGUCAGAUAUGCUGGUUCCUGGAAAUGAUUGUCGCUGCCUUUCCGUUUAGGAAACUUCUUCCUCGGGUACAGUAUGCAAUACGAAACUUCCAGUUGACAUGUAGUAACAGUUGAUUCAGAUACAUUUUGUUUUCUCUCACUCCAUCUGUUUUCUCUCUUCGUUCCUUUCUAUAGAAGAGCAUUGGCUCGAAACAUUAAACCCUUCUUCUAUUCUCCUUGAGCGUUAAAGUAAUACACAUUCUUUGUUGUUCUACCUAUCUAUGUGUGUGUUUGCAUAUUUUUUGUAUAUUUUGAACCAUUUAUAUACAUGUGUGCGUGUGUAUCUGCGUGUGUGUGUGUGUG